UUCAUCCUUAUCCUCACACUAAAGAACCACAAUCAACGACAUUAUAUACCCACGACUGAAAUGCUCGCUAAGUUCUUCGCCCUCACAAGCUUUUUAGCCCUCACAUCCGCCUUCCCCACCGAGCAAUGCCCAAAAGACGAUGAACCUCCCAAACCCCGCAAGCCAAAGUGUGCAGGUGGAACUCUCUACUUUGAAUGCGCCAAUGGCUACGUUGGCUGCUUCGACAGAAGCCCAUGCGCAUUCCCCAUCAAACCAGUCUGCGAAAACAUCCCACCCGAUCGAAAACCACCAAAGAACUGCGACAACGCGCCAUGGAAUUUCCUCCUCUACAAAUGUCAAAACGGCUUCGCCGGCUGCUACCCCGAGAACCCAUGCGGCUUCCCCUUGGGAAAUCAUUGCGUCAAAGCAGCAGAAACAACGGCACAUCACAAAAUCUGGGAACCGCGGACCUGGAACGUGUACCCGCUCGUAGAAGCCAAGGACAAGUCCACCCUGCUGGAUCGAACAAGACACAUGGAGACGCUCAAGGGCGAACACCAGGAUGUUUCCACCACGAGCGUAAUGGUGUUCGAUAACCUCCCGCCGAACGCGCUGAACUGCAAACUCCAAUACAGCCGAUACAGGUUGGGCAGAGAUCAAACAAAGGUCGAAGGAGAUGCCAAUAUAAGGGUCCGCCAGCUCACCGGCUGGACUGACCUCCCCGAUACCGAGAUCCCCACGACAGAAUACAGGAAGUUUGAAGAUUCUUCUGCGCCGUGGUCUGAGCCGUUUGAUUUCACGUGCAAACCUUUCAAGAUCAAGCAGCAUAUUAUUACUCCUUUGAAGUGUGCGGAGCAGAUUGCAGUUGAGAUCAAGGGUAGUGAUCAAGGAACGGGCAAGAAUCAGGUGUUUAUUCCGCUUGAGAACGAUACUGAUGGUAUCUACCUGUCCUAUGAUGUAUGA